UUAAAGUUCAAACUGGAAUUCAAAUUAGAGUUGUACUAAUGGCCUCACGGUUAAAAACGUACAAAUCAGCAGCUGGGUUUGAGCCUGCUCUGCCAAUCGAUCUUGCUGCUUAUACCAUGCUCCCCAGGCACCAGUGAACUGAUAAAAGAUGCCUUUCUCAGACUUUGUUCUAACCCUGAAGGAUAACCCAUACUUUGGGGCUGGUUUUGGGCUGGUCGGGGUAGGAACAGCGCUGGCACUGGCUCGCAAAGGAGCGCAGUUUGGGAUGGUCGCCUUCAGGAGGCACUGCAUGAUCACGCUAGAGGUGACCAGUCGAGACAAGAGCUACCACUGGUUACUCAACUGGAUAACGCAUCAUGCCAAGCGGACACAACACCUUAGUGUCGAGACAUCCUACCUCCAACACGAAAGCGGUAGAAUCAGCACGACCUUCGACUUUGUUCCCAGCCCAGGAAACCACUUCAUCUGGUACAAGAGCAAAUGGCUUCGGGUGGAGAGAAACCGGGAGAAGCAGAUGAUCGACCUGCACACGGGUACCCCAUGGGAGACCGUCACCCUCACCUCAUUAGGCAGCAACCGCCAGGUCUUCUUUGAUAUUUUAAGGGAAGCAAAAGAUCUGGCUCUCAAGCAGCAGGAAGGCAAAACGGUGAUGUACACGGCGAUGGGAGCAGAAUGGCGGCCUUUCGGAUUCCCACGGCGCAGGCGGCCCCUCAAUUCUGUCGUCCUGGAGAGGGGAAUCUCAGAGAAAAUUGUCCAUGAUGUCAAAGAUUUCAUUGGGAAUCCCAAGUGGUACACAGACCGGGGGAUUCCUUACCGACGCGGGUAUUUGUUGUAUGGCCCUCCUGGAUGUGGGAAGAGUAGUUUCAUCACAGCUCUGGCUGGAGAGCUGGAAUAUAGCAUCUGUCUGAUGAGCCUGAGUGACAGGAGCCUGACUGAUGACCGGCUUAAUCAUCUUCUCAGUGUGGCACCGCAGCAGAGCAUUGUCCUACUGGAGGAUGUGGACGCGGCCUUCAUCAACCGAGACUUGGCCAAAGAAAACCCCACGAUGUAUGAAGGAAUGGGCCGUCUGACGUUCAGUGGUUUGCUAAAUGCGCUCGAUGGUGUUGCAUCAGCUGAAGCGAGGCUCGUCUUCAUGACCACAAACCACCUGGACAGGCUGGAUCCUGCCCUGAUCCGUCCAGGACGGGUGGACCACAAGCAGUUUGUUGGGUAUUGCUCCCACUGGCAGCUGUCCCAGAUGUUCCAGCGGUUCUACCCAGAUCAGCCAGUGGCUCUGGCUGAGGAGUUUGCAGACAGAGCACUCUCCGUCUCGGACAGGAUCAGUGCCGCCCAGGUACAGGGGCACUUCUUACUGUAUAAACUGGAACCUCUCAAUGCCGUUGAGAACAUCCAGCGCAUCAUCAUGUAAAGGCCAGGAGAGUUGAACCACCUCCACCCUGAGAGAGGGAAGGAGCCCCUCUGGCCCACACUGAAAAAAACUAGAUUCUAUUUAAAAGAAUAAAACCUAAAAGUGAAGCCUGUACCUCAGUGCUCAGUAUAUGUGAAGAGAUACUGUCAUUUAUAGCUCCAUAUGGAGGGCUAAUGUUGGCCAGUUAAAUGGCCCUUAAUCGCAUGUUUCUAUUUGUGGGAUCUUGUGUAAAAGCUAGUGCGAUGCCUUUGCAUACAGAGCAAUUGUGGAAAGGAAUUCGGUAAUAACAAAGUGCUUACCCUGCAGCAGUGUUAAUAAUGAUUGGGACUCCAAACAGAACACUCCUGCUCUUUGCCUGUGGAAUUUCUAACGUCCACUCAAAAGGCCAGAUAGAGAUCUCUUUAAGCUGGCCUCUCCUAACAGUGUAGCAGUGUACUGGCACUUCACAGACAACUAGGAUUAAGUCCUGAAGUGAACACAGAGAAAUGUGUGCUACCCACUGCAAUCUUCCUUGAUGCAAAUCCAGAGGGAAGGUGAGUCUGAUUCAGUUGUGCAUGUCAAGUUCACUAUCUGAGCAGGUUAACUGGCCCAUAAUGUCUUGUUGCUGUCUUUAGCAUCAUACCGUGGGCUAGCUGUUGGAAACCUUUCCCAAAUCACUGCCUGUCUUUUGAAAGGUGCUUCAUUAAACACAAAGUGCUCGAAGCCUCAUGCAGUUAAAGUUGUUACAUUCACCACCCUUUGUCAUGGAUCAGGGAGGAAGGCCUCUGCUCUGUUUGUCCUCCUACCUGUGAAGAGCAUGAGUCCCUGUGACAUCCCAAAACAGUGGAAUGAACACUGAAGGUGACACAGGUGGCAGGCAUCUGUGGGCCCAUACUGUUGACAAAAAAACCGGAUUAGCAAAUGUCAUCUUCUACUAUCAUGCAAAAGCAAAACACUGCAAAUGCUAGAGAAACCCAGCUGGCUUGGCAGCAUCUGUGGAGAGAGAAACAAAGUUAAUGUUUGCUGUUGAUAAUCUUGACCUGAUGAAAUGACAGGCCUGGGCGAAACAUGAUGUGUUAAAAAUGUUGGACUUGUAUGGAAAGGAUUUAUUUUGCUCAGCCUGACAUCAAUUAAAGGAUUAUGUCAACAUGA